AUGGUGCGUGUUGAGCAAGUGACUUGGCUGCAGGACCACUGCAGGUGAGAUUUCGACGUGGACGGCCUCGAGUGUACAUACGGCACGGUGGUCGUGUGCCCGCCGGACCGUCGGGAUAUCCCUUCGGUGCGAGGACUCCGAUCAGUAGCAAAAUCAGCAAGAACAAAUGGGGUAAACGUCUUCAACCGAGAUACUUGAAGCAUCGAGGAAAUAUUUUAUUGUUGCGUGAGGGCUUUUGUCUUGCUUUAUUGGCGGUGCAGUAUUGUCGAAACGAGACGUCCACGGAUCGCGUUCGGAUGCGGGCGAGGCAGACGCUACCGAAGUCUGCCGAGCGAGUGCUGAGCGAGUGCUGAGCGAGUCGCCACAGACUGCCACCGUGGAAAGCUCUGUUCGCUUUUGACCGCUUGCGACUCGUUCUCGCACUUGAUUAUUUUCGACCUACCGCCUUUUCCGCGUGUUCUUCUCUCCACAUAGAACCUACACCCCCUCUCUCCAUACGCCUCAUGUCGCACCCUUCCGUCAUCCACGACAACGUCCUCUCGUUGAUCGGCCACACGCCUUUGAUCCGACUCGACAAGAUCGCGGCCGAGGAGGGACUCAAGUGCAACCUCUACGCCAAGGUCGAAUUGUUCAAUGCUGGGGGUUCAGUCAAGGUCAGUUGCACCCCAUGGCUAUCGUUGGGUGGUGUUGUUGGCCCCGUGGUGGUCGUGCUUUGACGCGGUCCACACAUGGCGACGCGACAUCAUUCCGAGCUGGGUGGCACGCGGCAGGCCGAAGAGUCCGGUUUCGGCGUGCCGUCGGUCGGUCGGCGAUGGCUGGCGCAAUCGAUCACGACACGAAGCCCAAUCCCACGAGCAGCUCAGGCUGAUCGCAAGUGCAUACACCACAGGACCGCAUCGCCUUACGUAUGGUCGAGCAAGCCGAGAAAGAAGGUCGAUUAAUUCCAGGCAAAUCAGUGCUCGUUGAACCGUGUACGUUGGUCGUCUUCCACGCAACUCGAGGCGCCGAUUACGUUCGCGCGCCACUUCCCCACCUGGGGCGUUUUGCCGACAAGAGCUGUGCACUGCCCGCGCUCGGUGACAUCCCUGGCUAUUGAAAGUCGACGGCGCUGAUACUUAGAGUUGUAUCGCCAUCUUGCUCUACAGCGAGUGGUAACACGGGAGUCGGACUCGCAUUAGUAGCAGCCGUCAAGGGUUAUCGAUGCAUCAUCACCAUGCCAGAGAAGAUGUCGAUCGAAAAGGAGAACACCAUGGUCGCGCUCGGCGCAGAACUGAUCCGAACUCCGACCGAAGCCGCUCACGAUUCGCCCGAUUCCAACAUUGGAAAAGCAAAGCAACUUCUGAAGGAGAUCCCAAACGCGGUCAUGCUGAACCAGUACGACAACGAAAAUAACCCCGACGCGCAUUACCACGGCACGGCACCCGAGAUCAUCGAAGCUUUGGCGUCGACUUCGAGCUCGACAAAUUCGGCCGGAGCAUCGAGGCCUUCUACGGGCAAGUGCGACUUGAUGGUUGCUGGAGCAGGAACGGGUGGGACGGUCACGGGCUUGUCGAAGCGAUUGCACGAGUCCAACCCAGACGUGGUGGUGCUGGGCGUCGACCCGCGAGGCAGCAUCCUCGCUCGCCCCGAACAAUUGAACGAGCUCGCGAAGGGAGAGACGGAUCAGUACAAGAUCGAAGGGAUCGGAUAUGAUUUUGUAAGUUUGUGAGUAUUCGGAGCAUCUUGGAUCGGGAACUGAGACGGUAUGCCCGUCCGGAAACUGUCAGAUCCCAGGCGUACUAGAACAUGCGACCGUCACGCGCUGGAUCAAGUCAAACGAUUCCGAGUCCUUUGCAGCAGCGAGGCGGAUAAUCCGAACAGAGGGGAUACUGUGCGGUGGGAGUAGUGGGAGUGCUCUCUCCGGCGCGCUUGGGUUCCUCAAGAGUGAAGAGGGAAAGAGGAACUUUGCCGAUGUCGAAGGAAAGAAUGUCGUCAUUCUGUUGGCCGACGGGUCAGUUGCCCCGGCUCACCUCCUCGUCCUCAUACGAAUUGAACACAUAUAAGAUGUUUUUAUCUUCGCAGUAUUCGCAACUACAUCUCAUCACCUUGGCUCGGAGCCGACUCGGGAGCGAAAUAA